UUCAAACUUGGCUUUCACCCACUGCCUCUCUCCCACUACUGCACUAGCUCCGAUCUGUCCCUAUGCCCUUUUCAGGGAAAUACUAGUAACUGGAGUUGAGUUUUGUGUCUGCUGAGAAGUGGCCAGCAAGGAAGCGACACAAAGACGGUGCAACAAAAGGUGCCCCUGUGUCCGUCUGGACGGUCAAUGCACCGAUCGGGAGUUGAGCGAGGAGAAGUACAACAAGGCUUGUCGACUUACCUGCUGCUAAAUUCUGGUGAUCGCGCUGACCAUCACGGAAAGUCGGAAGCACAACUACGCCAUUCCUGAGUGCGUGGAGCUGCUCUGUGAAAUGGUUGCCGUGCUAUCUGAAUUGAAAUUUGGAUCGCCUCAUCACUAGCAAUUAGAAGCACGCUAGACGACCUCAGUACUGUAGCAAGACUUGAAAGAGCGAGUAAGGAAGGGGCAGUCAACUACAUUUUCUACAUGAGUGACUUUGACCACACCAUACCGGUAUACCCGCAUUCUAAACUCCAAGCCGCGUAAGGUGUUGCUGCUACACUAGUAGCGAUCACGGAGGUGUUCAGUGAAUGAAAUUUGGAGCUUUAUUGCAGAUACUUGGCAGCUGUAUGCUGGACUGAGUGGGGCUGGUCUAUGAUCGUGCUUCAUUGAUGAGUAGGAUGCCGACAAUGCUGCUGGAAAACUAUCUUGGUCCAUUCAAUUGCAUGUGCAGCCGGUUAGAUCUGUUGAGUAUCACAUGGUUGCUAUCAGCGAUCGUAGUGGGUGGCCAGCAGCCUACUUUGCCCUCUUUGUGGCCACAGUUUCGCCAUGGCUUUGAUAGCAACGGCCUGUCCAGUUUGGUCGGCCCGAGUGGCUUGGCGCGCGGCAGUGUGGGCGUCAACUUCACCAUCAACCAUAGGAAGUUUGACGCUGGUGCAGAAGUGCAGUCCUCGGCCAGUGUGGAUGCAGACGGCACGGUGUAUGUGCUGACGGAUCACAGUACGUUGAUCGGUGUGCAGGCCCACUCCAUUGUCGUCACUGUGGAGCUGAGCAGGGAGCGACUCGCAACCUGCCACCAGGAAAUACCGCGGAACCAGACCCACUAUGGCACCGAGAUCACUGCGUCACCACUGGUUGUGGCACCAGGCUUUGUGAUGGUGUCCUCCGCUCAUGACCUGCGUAUGUACCUCAUCGACUGCAGGGACAAGGCCAAACCUAGAGUUGUGUGGCAGAAUACGGAUACGGCUGGAGUGUGCACUUCGGCCGUGCAUGGUUUUAACAACACAGUCAUAUACACAUCACAGAGCCUGUCCCGUGUCUAUGCAUAUGAUGUCACGACGUUGCCAUUCGACACAAAGCAGAACGCUACAUGGAGUGCCAGCUUACAGUCUGACUCGCACAAUAUCCAGGCAUCGGUGAGCGUGGCUUCAGACGAUGGAUCUAUCUACGUACCAGUGUAUCAUACUCCGAAGAGCCACCUGCUUCUCCUGCGCCGCAACGGCUCACGGCCCAACAUUGCCUGGGACCUGCAGGGCAUUCCUCUGACAUCACCAGCAGUCUGGGUGUGUGAAGUUGGUGAAACGUAUGACACCCCACGCCGUGACCAUAGGUACCAUUGUGACGGCAAGGAGAAUGUUGGCUUUGUCUACGCGGGUACUUCGUUUGGACUGGAGGGUUGCAACCGUGCUAAUACACGCCCGGAUGAAGCGCCAGUCUGGUUUGCUCGUGCUACAGAUCCUGUUGAUCUGGUGCAGUCCUCGCCGGCUGUGUCACUGAUUCACCAUGAUGGCAAGAAAUACGUCUAUGUCUACUGUGCAUGGAGCGAUGGGAAGCUGCGCGGCAUCGAUGGUAUUCGCGGUGAAAUACUGUGGACGAGUAAGCGACUUGGUACUAAGGAGCUUGUCUCCUCUCCAGCCGUGGAUGCCAAUGGAACAGUAUAUAUUGCGUCGCUAUCCCCAGCCACGCUGUAUGCGUUCAACGGUAGGACAGGGCAAGAGAUAUGGCACUACGACCUGGAAGGAACGGUGGUUGCUUCUCCGUCCAUUAUUGAUGACGAGUUGAUUGCCAUAUCUACGACUUCCAAGUCCGUCUUCUUGUUGUUUCUGAACGGAACGAGUCCUGCCACGACUGCUGCUCCCACCACCACACCGACGACAACUCCAACUACCACACCUACAACCACACCAACCACAGCACCAACCACCACUCCAACGACUACACCAACCACAACACCAACCACCACUCCAACGACUACACCAACCACCACACCAACAACUACACCUACAACCACACCAACUACAACACCAACCACCACUCCAACUACGACACCGACAACCACACCAACGACAACACCAACAACGACACCGACGGCUGUUCCAACGACAGCAGCCGUCACCACCAGCAACACAUCCCCAACAGCUAGCCCGGUGACAACGAGUGGACCAGCCCAGAGCGGUAGCAUAUCAUCAUCGGCAGCAGUGCCGACCACCUUGCCCCAGGCUAGCGGGCGCUUUGGUCCGCUGACUGAAUGGGAGUUCAUUGCGCUGUGCAUCGGUGGGUUCAUAGUGUUAGUUGCCAUGGUCACCAUUGUCUACUACAACUGUAUCCGCGAGAAGUCGGAGCUUACUGACUACGAACAGGCACCGCUGCGAGGAGGUACGUCAGUCCGGGCGCAUGUACCAACUUCAUACGAGUCCGUCAAUCUAUAGGCAGCAGAGAACUGGAGAAAAAGCUGGUCGAUGGUGUGAAUGAAAACAUGUUCAGGAUGCCGUGCACUUUAUUUGCUGUGAAGUCAUUGCUCUGAGGAUCUAAUAUGGAAUGCAUGCCCAUGGGACAAUCGACUCAAACUUGAGAAUUUAAAUGGUGGUGUUUCAAUGGAAGGGUAGCUAAUGAACGGUACAAGUUGUAUUUUGAAUACUAUUUUCCCACUUUAUACUGGAAACAGCAAUCAAACCUUCCCCUGUUAUGCCGCGGCACUAGCAGACAACUCGUAAUUUGUACCCAAGCACAUCAACAAUGCUGCUCCAGCUAUUUGCAUGGACGUAACCACAAGCCUGAUUAUUGCUGUUGAGCACAUUCCAGGAUUCCCCGGUGAUGACUUUAUAAAAAACUACAGUUCCUAUAAUAUCCUAUGCUGAGAGAAUUUUAAUUAUCAUAAUCUUA